GGGUCCAGGAGUUGGCAUCAGGACCAGCUCAGGAUUUAGACCUGGAAGUGCUUCCGGGGCGGAGGACUUUGGGGGCAGAGGAGGGCGUGGGUGCGUCUGGUAUGGGAUGCCAUGGAAAGGAGGAGGCCCUCCUAAAUAGAUCCGUGGGUGGUUCCUUUGACUCUUCUAUCAUUUUGCCCUUUGCUUUGCCGAAGAGAGAGACCCCAUGGUCUCUGCUCAAAUUCUGGAAACUUUCUCUUUGGGUGGGCUUAAUCACCUACUACUUUAUUAUAGAACUACCCAGAGCCUUUCCUGAUACUGGGCACAAACGUGGGGAAUAUGUCAGAAAACAGGAAGCCGCUGCUGGGCUUCGUGGGCAAACUCCCCAGUGGGACUGCACUUGGGAACUCAGGCAAGACUCACUGCCCUUUGUGCAUGGGGCUUUUCAAAGCCCCCAGGCUCUUGCCUUGUUUGCACACAGUUUGCACCACGUGUCUGGAGCAGCUGGAACCCUACUCGGUAGUGGACAUCCGAGGGGGCGACUCUGACACAAGCUCUGAGGGGUCAAUAUUCCAGGAACUCAAGCCACCCAGUCUGCAGCCCCAGAUCGGCAUCCUCUGUCCGGUAUGUGACACUCAGGUGGACCUGCCCAUGGGUGGAGUGAAGGCUUUAACCAUAGACCACCUGGCCAUGAAUGAUGUGAUGCUGGAGAGUCUUCGUGGGGAAGGCCAGGGCCUGGUGUGUGACCUGUGCAGCGACAGGGAAGUGGAGAAGAGAUGUCAGACCUGCAGAGCCAACCUCUGCCACUUCUGCUGCCAGGCUCAUAGGCGGCAGAAGAAAACAACUUACCACACGGUGGUGGACCUAAAAGACUUGAAAGGCUACAGCAGGAUCGGGAAGCCCAUUCUGUGUCCCGUGCACCCUGCAGAGGAGCUGAGACUGUUCUGUGAGCUCUGUGACCGGCCAGUGUGCCGGGACUGCGUGGUGGGCGAGCACCGGGAGCACCCCUACGACUUCGCCAGCAACGUUAUCCACAAGCACGGGGACUCCGUGCGGGAGCUUCUCAGAGGCACCCAGCCCCACGUGGAGGCCCUGGAGGAAGCCCUGGCACAGAUCACAGAGAUGAACAGUGCCCUCCAGAAGCGAGUGGAGGCUGUGGCAGCUGACGUGCGAACGUUCUCCGAGGGUUACGUCAAGGCCAUUGAGGAGCACCGGGACAGGCUGCUGAAGCAGCUGGAAGACAUCCGGGUCCAGAAGGAAAACUCCCUGCAGCUGCAGAAGGCACAGCUCGAGCAGCUGCUGGCGGACAUGCGGACGGGCGUGGAGUUCACUGAGCACCUGCUGACCAGUGGCUCGGACUUGGAGAUCCUCAUCACCAAGGGGGUGGUAGUGGAACGGCUCACGAAGCUGAACAAAGUCGAAUAUAGUGCCCAUCCUGGAGUAAACGAUAAGAUACGCUUCUCUCCUCAGCAGAGAGCAGGCCGGUGCCGUGGCUAUGAAGUUUAUGGGACCAUCAAUACGAAAGAGGUCGAUCCAGCUAAAUGUGUCCUUCAAGGAGAAGAUCUCCACAGAGCCCGGGAGAAACAGACAGCCUCUUUCACCCUGCUUUGUAAGGAUGCAGCAGGAGAGAGCAUGGGCAGGGGAGGAGACAGCGUGCACGUCACUGUAGUCCCCAAAGAUAAGAAAGACAGUCCGGUCAGAACGCUGGUACAAGAUAACAAGGACGGGACGUACUAUGUCUCCUAUACUCCCAAGGAGCCUGGCAUCUAUACCGUGUUGGUCUGCGUCAAAGAGCAGCAUGUGCAGGGCUCACCAUUCACUGUGACCGUGAGGAAAAGGCAUCGCUCACACACAGGCGUGUUUCACUGCUGCACGUUCUGCUCCAGCGGAGGCCAGAAAACUGCUCGCUGUGCCUGUGGAGGCACCAUGCCAGGUGGGUACCUGGGCUGUGGCCACGGACACAAAGGUCACCCAGGCCGCCCGCACUGGUCAUGCUGCGGGAAGUUUGCCGAGAAGUCGGAAUGCACAUGGACAGGUGGGGAGAGUGCACCGAGGAGUCUACUCAGGACCGUAGCCCUCUGAUGCUUGUCCGAGCGGUGCCCAGCGCAACUUCAGAUGACCAGAGGACCCCGGACGUUGAUUAAUUCUGAAGAAUCUGAUAGAAUUAAAAACAAAGUGCCUUGUCUUACA